AUGCCGGUAGAUGCAGUGAUAUUGCAACUAAUCGGCUUUAUCGUGGAUCCGCUGCAAAUAUUUUGGGUUCUGACGAACAGCACUUAUUUAGUUACUAAAUUCAUCAAAACAGGGGUCGGUGACAAGAACGACUUCCCACUCUAUUUCGAGAAAGUUAUCUAUGAGGUGGACAUCGACGAGAAUGUGGAAAUCAAUCACAACUUUCUCAACGUCAGCGCAAAGACGCACGGCGAGGCGUCCGGUGUACGAUACACGAUCUCGAGCGGUAACAUAGACAAUGUGUUUGCCAUACACAACGCAACCGGCGCCCUGUACGUAGCCAAGGCGUUGGAUUAUGAGAAGAUCAAAAAGUAUGAGCUACGGUUGACGGCAUCGGAUAAUUUUAAGGAGAACUAUACCACCGUUCUAAUCAACGUACGCGAUGUAAACGACAAUCCACCGGUAUUUGAGAAAUCGUCCUAUCGCACACAAAUCACCGAGGAGGACGAUCGAGGACUGCCGAAGCGUGUGCUGCGGGCUACCACCUCGGAUGCCGACGUAGAGCGGCCUACCAACAUCAUCUACUUUCUGACUGGGGCUAGUAUUGACAUCGAAAAUCCCUCCGACAGCUACUUUGACAUCAACAAGGCCACUGGGGAAAUAUUUGUGCUUAAGCCCCUGAACCGAGACCCACCACACGGACGAGCGUCUUGGAAGUUUACCGUCUUUGCGCAGGACGAAGGAGGCGAGGGUUUAGUGGGCUUUACGGAGGUGCAGAUCAACCUGAAAGACGUCAACGACAAUGCGCCCCAGUUCCCGAACGGGAUUGCGUACGGAAACGUGACCGAAAAUGGCACCAUCGGCAUGCACGUGAUGACAAUAAAGGCCGAAGACUAUGACGACAUCAACGAAGGUACUAACGCGAAGGUGAUUUACUCGAUCGAGAAGAACGCGAUCGAGGAGGAUACUGGUUUACCGAUCUUCGACAUCAAUCCAGACACGGGACUCAUCACGACGGCGGUAUGCUGUCUCGAUCGGGAGAAGACGCCUGACUACUCGCUGCAGAUUGUGGCCACCGAUGGCGGAGGUUUGAAGGGUACGGGAACAGCUUCCAUCAAGGUGAAGGAUCUGAAUGAUAUGCCGCCUCGGUUCACCAAAGGCGAGUGGUUCGUUGAGGUGGAGGAAACUGACGGUAGUGUGUUGCCCGAGGCACCGAUAUUGACCGUGACGGUAAAUGAUGAUGAUGAGAUAAACAAUUUCCAGUAUAAAAUUAUUGAAAGCAGUGGUUACGGGGCGGAUAAGUUUGCGAUGGUAAAGAACGCGGACGGUACGGGGAGUUUGAAGGUGGUCCAGCCGCUAGACUUCGAGGAUCCGAUGCAGAUAAAUGGCUUUCGCUUUCGGAUACAGGUGAUCGAUAACGAUGAGAUUGACGAGAGCGACAAGUACCACGUUGACCAUUCGUGGGUGAUUGUGAAGCUGAAGGACAUUAACGAUAAUACGCCUCGCUUCAAGAAACCGCACAUCGAGGCGGCGGUGUACGAGAACGCGGACGUGGGCAAACACCUGGGCACCUUCAAGGCAGUCGACAUCGAUAAGGGCGGCAAGAGCAAAAUUACCUACAGCAUUAAUCGUGCUACGGACCGGAAGCGUCAGUUUGCCAUCGACCAGGAAGGUACGGUGACGAUCCAGCGUGAACUGGAUAGGGAGGCGAUGGCGAAACACUCGCUCGAGAUUCUGGCCACCGAUGACGGUGUACCGCCGCGCACGGCCUCCGCCAUCUUGACCGUACUGGUGAAGGACAUCAACGAUAAUGCGCCGAUAUUCGCGGAAGAUUAUCGGCCCAUUCUGCUCGAAAACUCACCGCCGUCGAAGAUUAUCGAAAUCUCCGCCGUUGACAACGAUGACCGGCUUGAGGGCAACGGGGCACCGUUCCAGUUCCGCAUGGACCCGGACGCAGACGAUGUGAUUCGGACGUCCUUCAAGGUGGAACAGAGUAACAAAGGUGACGGUAUGGCGAUCAUUUCAUCGCUCGGCUCGUUUGAUCGUGAGUACCGCAAGCAGUAUACCAUUCCGAUCGUUAUCAAGGACUCGGGUACACCACCGCAAACCGGCACCAGCACGCUGACGAUCACGAUCGGUGAUCUGAACGAUAACAUCAUGCAGCCCGGCUCCAAGGAGGUGAUCGUGUACAACUACCAAGGUCAGGCGCCGGACACACCGAUCGGGCGUGUGUUUGUUAACGAUCUCGACGAUUGGGACACCUCGGACAAGUUGUUCUACUGGGAUGAGGCCGAGAAUCCACGCUUCAAGCUAGACGACACAUCUGGCAUGGUGACGAUGCGGCGCGGUGCACGCGAGGGACGCUACAAGCUGCGCUUCAAGAUAUAUGAUCGCAAGCAUGCGCAGGAAUCGUACGCCAACAUGUCAGUGGUGGUGAAGCACAUCUCGUACGAGGCGAUCGUCAACUCCGGCUCGAUCCAGCUGUCCGGCAUUACGGAUGAGGACUUUAUACGCAUCUGGAACUAUCGCACCCAGAACAUCUUCCGCAGCAAGCUGGAGCGGUUUCGAUACAAGCUGGCGGAGCUCCUGAACGUAGACGUGAAGAAUGUGGACGUGUUCAGUGUGCAGAUGAAGGACCGGUCGGUGCCGCUGACCGAUGUGCGGUUCGCCGUGCACGGGGCGUACUACUACAAGGCGUUGCAGUUAAACGGCGUAAUACUGCUGCACAAAGAGGAAAUCGAGCAGGAGGUGGGCAUCAACAUCACGAUGGUAAACGUGGACGAGUGUCUGCUGGAAAAUGCGGAUUGUGCCGGGUCGUGCACCAGCAUCAUCGAGGUCCAGACGAACCCCUGCCUAGUGAAUGCGAACAAAACCGCCCUGGUUGGGGUGCAGAUCAACUCCACUGCGGAGUGUGCAUGCAGCUCGCGUGAGUACAAGCAGCAGCAGACCUGCAAAUCCCAUCCCUGUCUGAACGGUGGUCGCUGCACCAAUUCCAAGUCGGGUAUCAAGUGCUCGUGUCCACCGGGCUAUACGGGGCCUCGCUGUCAGCAGGUCGUGCGUAGCUUCCGCGGCAGUGGCUGGGCCUGGUACCCACCGCUUGACAUGUGCGAUAAGUCGCACAUUAGUGUCGAGAUCAUCACAACGAAACCGGACGGUUUAAUUUUCUACAACGGACCUAUCACACCACCCAAGGAGGAUGACACUUCGAAGCAGCUCUCCGACUUUAUUUCACUCGAGCUGGAGCAGGGCUAUCCACGGUUUCUCAUCGACUUCGGCUCGGGUACGCUAGAGUUACGCAUCGUGACCAAACAUCCGCUCAGCGAUGGCGAAUGGCACCGGAUUGAUCUGUUCUGGGACACGGAAAAAGUGAAGAUGGUGGUCGAUUUCUGCAAGACGGCCGAAAUCACCGAAGCCGACGAAGGCAACCUGGUCGAUUUUGUCGACCACACCUGCCAGGCGCUGGGCAAGGUGCCGCAGUUCAACGAAUAUCUGAAUCUCAACACGCCGCUCCAGAUUGGCGGUGUGUUUAGGGACAAGUUUGAUUACACGUACAGCCGCUGGCAGUACAUGCCGGUUGGGGUCGGUUUCGAGGGGUGCAUUCGCGAGUUUAAGCACAACGGAAUUCUAUACGACCUGUCCCACCCGGGACUAUCGAAGGGUAGUGCGCCCGGCUGUUUGUACACGCAGGAGGUGUGCGAUCUGAAUCCGCAGGUCGCCCGGUGUCUCGAGCAUGGCAAAUGUGUCGGUAGCUAUAACAAAGCCAAGUGUGAAUGCAAUCCCGGCUGGACGGGCACGUACUGCAGCUUGCCCACUACUCCAACCACGUUCAAGACGCACAGUUACGUAAAAUAUGCGCUCAGCUUCGAGCCGGACAAGUUCACGACGCAGAUUCAGCUGAGGUUCCGCACGCGCGAAGCGUACGGCGAGCUGUUCCGCAUUAGCGAUCAGCAUAUGCGCGAGUACGGCAUCAUUGAGCUGAAGGGCGCCAAGGUGUACUUCCGGUACAGCUUAAACACGGGCCAGGUGGAGGAACAGGAGGUAGCGUUGACGGCGGUAGAGGUGGACGACGGACAGUGGCACGUGGUUAAGGUGCAACGGUACGGUUCGGCGGCCAUCGUAGAACUGGAUGGGGGUGAGGGUGCCAACUUCAACCAAAGCUUCUCGUUCGAUGGACAUCAGUGGCUGUCAGUGGACAAGCAGGAGGGUGUGUAUGCGGGCGGAAAGCCAGAGUUUAACGGCGUCAAGACGUACGAUGUCAAAUCGGACUAUCAGAAGAGUUGCAUCGACGAUAUAAGAUUGGACGGUAAAAGCUUGCCACUUCCGCCAGCCACCAACGGUACGCAGUGGGCUCAGGCCACGAUGGCCAAGAACAUCGACCGCUACUGUUCCUCCAACAAUCCUUGCCAGAACGCGUACUGUCCGGAUCCGUUCGAGUGUGUCGACCUGUGGAACAAGCACGAGUGCACCUGUGGCGAUGGUAUGAUCAUCUCACCGGAAGGCGAAACCUGCAUCGAUCGGAACGAGUGUUUAGACUAUCCGUGUCUGCAUGGGGGCACUUGCAUCAACCAGGAGCCACGCCUGAAGUACAAGUGCAUCUGUCCGGACUCGUACUGGGGCGAGAGUUGUGAGUUCCUGAAGGAACGACAAGCGCUUAAAUCCAGCACCGCAGUUCAACGAAUAUCGUUAAACGAAUAAAAAAUCGUUUCGAUAGGACACGGGUCGAUUUUGGUUCUUUCCAUUUUAAGACCUUGUUUUAAGGAUGAAAAAAAAAGUUUAGUCGCAUAAUGCUUCAGUUAACCGCUUGGCGAGGUCGAUGUGGUUGUUCACUAAUAUCGGCGCUGGUUUUCGAAUCAACGUCUCUUCAAACAUCCUCCUCUGUUUAUUGAGAAACUUUACAACUAUGGAUUCAAUUGUGUUUUGCACAGGAACUUGAUUACAACCAUCUUUUAUCGGGAGGAUACAUGGAAAUAGAUCAAUUUUACGGAAAGAUAAAUAAAGCAACUCACUUGUGCAAGGCAAUGAGUAACUUGUGUUUUCAAUCACUUACGACGAAUAUUUCUAUCGCUUUAAACGAUGAUGCGGUAAAUCAAAUGCACGAUAAGGAUGAUAGUGAUGGGAAAGGGACGGGAGGAGGAGCAGGGCUUUUUAAAAAUUGAUCGAAAGACAGGAUUUGAGAAGCGUUUAUUGUACGAACGUGCUGCUCGACACAACUUCAAUCGUUGUGAUAAAUUAUCGUUAGUAGAGUGCAGUUUGUGGCAUUUUCCUUUCGCUUAGCAAUCAUAAGAGCGUAGAAGGCGAAAAUGUAUCCAAAUUUUGCAGUGGAGUUUUGUUGAACAAAUAACACAACGAAAAGAUGGUUUAUAAUGUUUGGUACAAGAAUAAAAGAAUUCUUUUCCAUAUAGUUUUCUUUAAUUAUUUAUGAUCCGUUUGAGCAUGCAUUUUAUUUUAAAUUUUAUAAGAUUAUUGGACUCACAAGAGACCUCCGCACUACGCUUCAAGAAUCAAUCGUGUUUACUUGAUUAAUUUGCAAUACAGUUGAGUUGGUUCGAUGGAGUGGCAGAUUUAUACAGCUUUUUUCAUAGUGCUUUUUGAGUGUGGCAACUUUGGCUAUUGAAAGAUGAACGCAUUGUUGAUUUUCAAGUUGUUAUGCAUUACUCUUCCAGCAAUGAUUUCUAUGUGUGUGUGUGUUUUUUUUUACCUUGCCCGCUACGAUCCGUUUUCGAUAAGCCUACGUGUAGCUGCGGCUAAAGGGGCGGCCGUGAGAAUAAAUAUUGCGGAUAGUUGCGAGAGGAGAACGAGCGAACCGAAAACCGAGAGAGCGAGCGAUCGGACGAAGCGGAGUACGAUGAUCGAGCGGUUUUGCGGCGCGAUGGCGAAAAAAAGACGCGGCACUUUGGUAACGGUUAUCAAGUAGUUUGGUGGUGGUUUGGCUCGUGCUAUAAAGUUUUAGUUGGUUUGGCGUUAUAUCAAAUAAAAAUAAUUUAUUUAUUUUUAAAAAGAAAGUAGUUAGUCGUUUCAAGAGCAACGAUUUCAAACCAUAAGUACGAUACCUGAUCGAACCGCAAAUACACCUGACUCAUUUAAUUGUGUAUGUGUGUGUAUGUAUGUAAACGAGAUGGAGAGAAUUCUAACAUAAAAUACCAAAACAGGUAAGUUUAUUUUCUCACCAAAAAAAAAAGAACACAAAAUUAAAUCAAACGACAUCUACACUUACAUACCCCAAUGGUAAUUGACAAACGAAAAUAGGUGCAUUUUUGAUCGAUUAUUUCCAUACCUUCUUUGCGCUUGAAUGAUGGAUAGACAAAUGAACAAGCAAGUACGUUCUAAAGCACGGUAGUACAUACGACCGCUUUGGCCGUGGCGUGUGGAUAAAACAGAGUCCAAAACAAAGCAAACAUGACAACAGGUCUUAGACGAACUAUACAAGAAACAUAAAAUAAUACAAAGAGAAAAUGAAAGACAUGUAGACAACUAAAACUUACCGACUAAACAAAGCAUUUAAAACACUGCACGAUUGUUUUUAUUGGGAGGAAGAAGAUGCAAUCUCAACUAAUAAUUGGUUUGUGAGUCAUGUUUUGAUUGUAGGUUUUUCAUAUAUAUUGUGGUACAAAAAGGAAAAGACAAAAGAAACAAAAACUCAUGUAGACAAAAAAGCAAAGAUCAAUCGAAAAAGUCACAGUUGCAUUUGAGAAUAACGAAAGUUGUAAAAAUAAUGAUUUAAUAAAAAAACUAAUAAAUACAAACAAAU